CAGGCUUGCCUAGCUAGCUAGAGGGGCUCGUUUCCGCCCCGCUCCCGGGUGGGGGGCGGCCAUCUUAGGUGUGUGCAAUUAAGACCCGUGGCGGGAUUGGCUCUGCAUCUGGGCUCGUCCGCUGCUUUCCACCUACCAGAGCCCUUCCUUGCGGGGAGGGACCUCCUAACGGCCGACUCUUUUCCAGGUGAAGGGUAACCCCGGUAUGUUGGGACUUUGAACGAGCCUCCCUGCUCCCUCCAACGGGACCCCGGGACAGGCCCUACGCCCCGGCUGAUCCGCCCUAGGCUGAAGAAACAAGUUAAAUUCUGGGAAUAGCGACUCAGUAUGGCCAGCAGUCCUAAUGAAGAUUCAGAAGGAAGCAGAAUUACUUACGUGAAAGGAGACCUUUUUGCAUGCCCCAAAACAGACUCUUUAGCCCACUGUAUCAGUGAGGACUGUCGAAUGGGCGCUGGGAUAGCUGUCCUCUUCAAGAAGAAAUUUGGAGGGGUGCAGGAACUGUUAAAUCAGCAAAAGAAAUCUGGAGAAGUGGCUGUUCUGAAGAGAGAUGGGCGAUAUAUAUAUUACUUGAUUACGAAGAAAAGGGCUUCACACAAGCCAACUUAUGAAAACUUACAGAAGAGUUUAGAAGCCAUGAAGUCCCACUGUCUGAAGAAUGGAGUCACUGACCUCUCUAUGCCCAGGAUUGGUUGUGGUCUUGAUCGUCUACAAUGGGAACAUGUAUCUGCGAUGAUUGAGGAGGUGUUUGAGGCAACAGACAUCAAGAUUACUGUGUACACACUCUGAACAGAUAAGCAUGUGGAUGUGUCCACAUUCUGUGUCAUCUGUGUGGGGCCAUACGACUGAGCAAACUGUUCUUAAAAUGGUUAGAGGAAAGUUUCAUGGGAAGUAGUCUAUGUCACAGGCCAGACUUGGGUUGAUUCCCAUGAUUGGACUGGGACUCUGGAGGAGGGAUUUCUUGGGAAAUGUUGCUGGUAAUUUUUUUUUUCAGUAAGGUAAGUAGAAGAUGGCCUGAUAUUAGGUGGGGAAACCAAAUGUUGGGCCUAUGACCCCUAUUUUGCUCUGGAUGCUACUUGAUUUGUUUGGCUUGCCACUAGGUGGCAUCAUUGCUUCUACUUCUCUGCUGUUAAGAGAACUUUAAGGAAGGAUGAACAUUCCAGUUAAUUUUGCAUCUUAUGUCAUUUGUGCACUUACUUGGUAUUAUCCUUAUGUCACCAUAUUCAUCCUAGGAGAGAAUUGUUGGUUUGGUUUUGUUUAAAUUACAGAAAGUUUUAUGUUGUUAGUGAGGAAUUUGUGGUGUUAAGAAUGGAAAAAUAAAUACCUUUUGAGGGGGUGUCCAGUGA